AAAAAAAGCGAUUUUAUUUAUUUAUUUAUUUAUUUCCAGUUUAAUUUGUUUUUCACGAUUUGAUAUUAAACCGUGGCAGUGUCAGUCACAUGGCUAAUCCAGGCAUAGUGUUGGGGUCUCUGCGUCUCUCUGUGGAGCAACAGAAGCAGCUGGCUGCCAAGCUCUGCUGCUUCCUCUCUCUCUACAAACCCAUCAUUGACUCCCAUAUUAUAGAGUUUUUUAGUGACAGCUUGUGGGAGACGCUACCCCCUGGCUGGCAGGAGGCUCUGUGCGAACUCUCUGGCCCGCAGCUGGCAGACCUGCUUCUAGACAGCGCCCCCGGAGGUGGGAGAAGCUACCCGUCUGUGUGGCCUCUCUCCCUCUUGUCUUUCAAAGCGAGCGCGCGCGCCCUGGCCUUUCCCAGAACGCCCCGCGGCCGGGCGGCCCAGGAAAUGGGAAGUGGGGAGCAGGCGGAGUUCUGGGAGAACAGCCGGCGGAGUUCCGCGCUGAAACACGCCUUCCGGAAACACGUCAAGCCCAAAAAACAGCACGAGGUUCGCCAGCUGGGGGCACUGGUGAAGAGAAUGUGUGACCUCACCAGCUGUCGGAAUGUCGUGGAUGUUGGAUCAGGGCAGGGUCACCUGACUCGCUUCCUCUCGUUGGGUCUCGGGCUGUCCGUCACCGGGGUGGAGGCUAACCCCGCUCUCGUUUCCAUGGCUGCCAAGUUCGACAGGGAGCUGCGGAGUGUUGAUCUGAAGGAGAGGGCGAGGGCAGCAGCCAAGGUGGGUGUGGCCCCAGACGGGCCCUGUGACCCCCUCCCCAGGCAUGUGGCGGGCUGGGUCAACCCCAGGGCAUCCUGGGAGGAGUUUGUGACUCUACUGCAGCAGCCAAUGGGAAUCUCCGAUAGCCGGGACGGCAGACCGGAGUCUCGGGGAACCAAGAGCCAGGAAGGUUUCGUCCUAACCGGGCUCCAUGCUUGCGGAGACCUGAGUGCCACUCUCCUGCGUCACUUUGCCCACUGCCCGCAGGCCGUGGGCAUCACAUCGGUGGCUUGCUGUUACAUGAACCUCACCACCCUGUCGAGCCCUGCCCCUCCUGCCCUCCAGGCUCCUCCUACUCCCCGCCCAGGGGGACGAGCCUGCACGGAAGGGGAGGGGCCGGUCCUCGGUUAUCCGAUGAGCUCGUGGGUCCUGGGCCUGCCCGGUCACGAGCUGUCCGGUAAGGCGAGGGAGGCUGCGUGUCACGCCCUGGAGGGUUAUGCAGAGAGGCUGCGGGGACAGAGUGGGGCGCUGCGGUCUCAUUGCUACAGGGCUGCGCUGGAGACGCUAGUCAGGAGGGCUCAGCCCAGCCUGAAGAGAGCAGGCAUCCAGACCGUGAAGAAGUGUCACCAGCUCCCAUUCGCAGAGUAUGCUCGGAUGGGGCUGCAGUGUCUGGGGCUCCCUACAGACUGGCCCCUGGACUGGGACCCAGUACUGGAGGGUCUGCUGGCUCAGCAGGGGAGGGUGGUGGCUUACUUCUGCCUGGUCCUCCUGCUGGCCCCAGCUGUGGAGAGCUUGGUGCUCCUGGACAGAAUGCUGUACCUGAGUCAGGAAGGAUUGGAUUGUGAGCUGGUCCCGCUCUUCUCUCCCUCCCUCUCUCCCCGGAAUCUGGUCCUGGUUGCAGUGAAAACGCAGCAGGAGAGCGAUGUGAGCCGGACAGCACCGGGCAGAACCAGCUCAUCCCCAGGACCCGGUUCUGCCUCAUCCCGGUGAAUCAGGGAACCCGGCUGUGCAAGAUCGAAGCGGGGGGUGUCGACCGGCACCCCUCCGAAUUGAAAGCUCUCAAUUCCAACCCUUUUUGGAACUGAAGUUGCAUGCAAACUGCAUGCAAACACCUCUGGGUGUGAGGAUUUCAAUCUCCGCUCAGUAAUCAGGGAGACAGAAACACAGUCGUGUGUGAAAAUGUC